GCAAUCUAUCGUCAAAAGGGACUCACACCCUCCUCUUAAAUUUUGGCCCUUUCUCCUACGGCUCUUCAUUAAUUCAUCAUAUAUAUUCACACACAAACACAAAGACACAGAGAGAGAGAGAGAGACAUAUAUAUAUAUAUAUAUAUGUGUGUGUGUGUGUGUGUGUAUAGAGUGCCUGUGAUGAGUGUGCGUGCCUGAUCUGAGCCCUCUUGUUUGUAUAGCCUGCGGAAGGGAUUCUGUGUGAAGUCAUCGGCGCGAGUUGAUUGUAGAAGACGGAGAAAAAUAAUGGAAGUGGAGAAUCCAUUAAGCAACACAUGGGAUGGGUAUGUGGAUUGGAGGGGAAGACCUGCUCUUAGAGGCAGACAUGGCGGCAUGCUCGCUGCUUCCUUUGUUUUGGUUGUGGAGGUGAUGGAGAAUUUGGCAUAUCUGGCAAAUGCAAGCAACCUGGUGUUGUACCUUUCGGAGUACAUGCAUUUUUCGCCGUCGGAAUCGGCUAACUCCGUCACCAAUUUUAUGGGGACGGCGUUUCUUCUGGCGCUUCUUGGUGGCUUCUUGUCCGAUGCUUUCUUCACCUCGUAUCAAAUCUACCUCAUCAGUGCACUCAUUGAGUUCCUGGGCCUGGUAAUACUCACAAUACAAGCACGCUCAGGUUCCCUAAAACCACCAAAAUGUGAGCUUGGCAACCCGGACAUUCCAUGCCAGCAAGUUCAUGGUGGAAAAGCAGCAAUGCUGUUCUCAGGCCUCUAUCUUGUGGCGCUCGGUGUUGGAGGUAUUAAGGGGUCGUUGCCGGCACAUGGAGCUGAACAGUUUGAUGAGAGCACUCCACGGGGGAGGAAGCAACGCUCAACGUUCUUCAAUUACUUUGUGUUUUCCCUCUCGGCUGGUGCCUUGAUUGCUGUGACCCUCGUUGUGUGGAUUGAAGACAACAAGGGGUGGGAGUGGGGGUUCGGUGUUUCAACAUUGACGAUAUUCUUGUCGAUACCCAUCUUUCUAGCUGGUUCAGUGUUUUACAGGAACAAGAUUCCUCUUGGAAGUCCACUUACAACGAUAUGUAAGGUUCUCAUAGCUUCCUUGCUAAACACUUGCAUGCCAAGAAGUUCCAGUAACGCCAUUGCAAGUAUGUCUACGAGCCCAUCUCCAACUCCAUUCCCUGAGGAAGAAAUUGCAACUGGAAACGGCAAAGACACAAAGUCAUCUCAUGAAUCUCCAUCAGAGAGCCUCAAAUUUCUCAACAGAGCAGUGGUAAACAAACCAGCAUGCGACAUGCUAAAAUGCUCGGUACAACAAUUGGAAGAAGUCAAGAUUGUCAUAAAGAUCCUCCCAGUCUUUGGUUGCACCAUAAUGCUCAACUGUUGUCUCGCUCAGCUCUCCACCUUUUCCGUCCAACAAGCAGCCACUAUGAACACAAAGCUCGGAUCCUUAAAAGUCCCACCGGCCUCUCUGCCCAUUUUUCCUGUUGUCUUCAUCAUGAUCCUUGCACCGCUAUACGACCAUGUGAUCAUCCCAUUUGCACGAAGAGUAACAAAAUCCGAGACGGGGAUUACUCACCUCCAGCGCAUUGGAGUCGGCCUAGUCCUCUCCAUAGUAGCCAUGGCUGUGGCGGCACUGGUUGAGAUCAAGCGCAAGAGAGUAGCAACUGAAUCUGGAUUGCUCGACUCCACCAAGCCAUUGCCCAUUACGUUCUUCUGGAUUGCGUUGCAGUACUUGUUUCUGGGAUCAGCCGAUCUUUUCACCUUAGCCGGGCUGCUGGAGUUCUUCUUCACAGAAGCACCAUUUAGCAUGAGAUCAUUGGCCACUGCACUAUCUUGGGCAUCAUUAGCAAUGGGAUAUUACUUGAGCACUGUCAUUGUAUCAAUAGUUAACAGCAUCACCGGUGACUCCAAGCACAAGCCAUGGCUCUCGGGCAGCAACUUGAAUCAGUACCAUCUGGAGAGAUUUUACUGGCUAAUGUGUGUCUUGAGUGGAUUGAACUUCCUGCAUUAUCUUUUUUGGGCAACAAAGUACAAGUACAGAUCAAGGAGGCCUGACAAAUAGUAUUAGGCUGUGGAAAUGUGUUGUUCAAGUUGGCAAUUUUCAUGUCUAUUGACCGACGGGGGAAUCGUGCAACCGGAGAAAUCUUUUUGGCUGUAAAUAUUCCGAUGAUUUGCUGAUCAUGGAGGCACAGCAAGAGGUACUAGAUCUGGCUACAGCAUAAAUUGGAUCAUAUCAAAAGUCCAAUGUUAGUUCUUGUUUUGUAACAUCAUGUUCAAUACUGAUAUCAGAAUGAUCUGGUCACCCUUGAAAUGGAAAGAACUUGAUCU